ACGUUAAAGCGACUGCAAAGACGAAGGACCCCGACCGGUGACGUCAUAGCAAAGCCGCCGUGCUGAGAAGGCGGAAGUGCCGCCGCCGGACCGAGCUCGCAAAGCAAGAAGAUGCCUAAAGUGAAGAGAAGCAGGAAGCCUCCUCCAGAUGGCUGGGAACUGAUUGAGCCAACACUGGAUGAGCUGGAUCAAAAGAUGAGAGAAGCGGAGACGGAGCCUCAUGAAGGAAAGAGGAAGGUGGAAUCCCUGUGGCCUAUCUUCAGAAUUCACCAUCAGAAAACACGUUAUAUCUUUGAUCUUUUCUAUAAGAGGAAAGCUAUUAGCAGAGAGCUGUAUGAGUACUGCAUCAGAGAAGGAUAUGCUGACAAAAAUCUGAUUGCAAAGUGGAAGAAGCAGGGCUAUGAGAACCUCUGCUGCCUGCGUUGCAUUCAGACCCGGGAUACCAACUUUGGAACGAACUGCAUCUGCAGGGUCCCAAAAAGCAAGCUGGAAGUGGGGAGAAUCAUAGAGUGCACUCACUGUGGAUGCAGAGGUUGCUCUGGGUGAGAAGUCUUUAAAUACUGGACACUGCUUUUGAGUAUUGAUUCUACACCUUGGACUGUUGCAGCUAAAUUUGUCUUCUGUAAGCCCUACAGUGAGUGGACCUUUCCAGAUAGCAUUUGGAACAGCAAUGCAUUCACCUGGAUCUGUAAACUCAGCAGUGAGCUGUCUUUGAUUAGUUGUGUGUAACCAUGUGAUUUUUAAAAUAAAAUAAGAACUGUGUACAA